CGGUAUCGUGUCUUGUUUCAGGAAGAGAAGAAACCGGAGGAGAAGAAAGUAGAAUAUCAGAAGAAAGGAGAAGAAGGGAAGAAAACAGAACAAGAGAAGAAGGAAGAAGCCAAGCCCGAUAAGCCAAGUGGGGAGAAGGAGGAGAGGAAAACAGAGGAAUCCAAGGAUUCCAAGGGUUCAGAAGAAGCCAAGGAGAAGGAGCCCCCUCCUCCACCAGAAGAAGUCGUUCUUAGAGUCUACAUGCAUUGCGAGGGGUGCGCUAAGAAGGUCAAGAGAAGCUUGAGGGGAUUUGAAGUUUUUUUCCAGACAGAGAGAGGAGAGAGGAGAAGACUUCACUCACUGUUCGAGUCUUCGAGAGAAGGAGAGAGGGAGCAUUACCCAAGAGAGUUCGAGAGACCCGAGGGCACUGCUGCUGCAGCUGGAAGCCCAAGAAGCUUAAGUAGGUCGGAGUCCGAGGGGUUAAAGUUAAGGAGCCGGGAAGAGGAAGAGGAUGAUGACGAUGAGAAGCGACGACAGAAACAAGAAACCCUAGACGAAAGGAACAACGCACGGAAGAAGAGAUUAAAAAAUGAACAGAGCGGGGAAGCGAUGGGCUUGAAGAGCAGAUCGGUCAUUCAAUGAACCACUUUUAAUUAAUGGAGUUCUUAUUUUUGUAUUCACAUUUUAUAUGGAUCUUCCGGCCUUCUAUGAGAUUUUCUAUUAUGAAUAAAUAAAGAGUUUACUUU